AUGAUGCUUUCUCCUUCUACGCCUAUAUAUUUACGUUUAAAAUAUAGAAAUAACGUUUAUGAUUUUAGUUUGACCGCUGAUCUAUUUCAUUAUGAAACAAUUUUAUCUCGUAUUCAAACAUAUUUAUCUAAAUUAAAUAUUAUCUGUUUUCAGUAUGAAGAUGAUGAUCGAGAUCUUGUUAGUGUUAAAAGUGAAUUAGAAAUUGAACCAAUAAAAGAAUUUUAUUUUAAUUAUUUAAAACAAUGUCAUCUGAAUCAAUAUGAAUAUAUUGAACCAUUAUUAAUUCAUCCGGUGGAAGGACCACGUCAUCAUUUACAAUUAACUUUACCAAAUGAUAAUUUAUCAGUACUUUCCGAUAUAUCUCAAAUACGAUCUCCAAUAUUUGAAAUAAAUAGUAGGAAUAAACUUCAUCGAAAUUUGGAAGAGAAUGUUUUUAAUAUUUUAUCAUCUGGUCAAAUGUCUAUGCUAACAGUAGAAUAUUUUGAACAAAUUGGCAAUGGUAAUAGUGGAUUAGUACAUCGUUGUCGAGAACGAAAUACAAAGCGUAUAGUAGCUGUUAAAAUAAUAUCAUUAGACUAUCAGAAAGAUGAAAAAAAACAAGAAAUAAUUAGUGAAUUAAACGCAUUAUAUGCAUUACAUUCAAGUUAUGUUGUUCAAUUAUAUGGAGCUUAUUUUCAUGAAAAUUCAAUACACAUAUGUACAGAAUAUAUGAACCGUGGUUCAUUAGAACAAUAUUUGGGUUUAAAUAUACCGGAAAAUGUACUUGGACGCAUAACAUUAUCAAUAUUAAAAGGAUUGGUUUACAUGUGGCAGAAGAAAAUUAUGCAUCGAGAUUUAAAACCAUCAAAUGUAUUAGCAGAUUCUUCAGGUAAUAUUAAACUAUGCGAUUUUGGAGUUAGUCGCAUAU